GGAGAACGCUUCCGCCAACUUCCUGUCCCUGCCGCUCGUCAAAAGGGUCAAGAAUGAUCCAGCCUGCGUCUCUCUCCUCCUGGAGAUGUGCUCAGAGAUGAGGAACAACCGGAAUUACGUGCACUUCGAGCGUUCAGAAGGGGAAAGGAGCGAGAGAGAAAUAUGCACGGUUUCCUGGGAGAAAUUGCUGAAGAAGAUCCACAAGAACUCCUACCUGACCUUCAUUCAGUGCCUCUCGAGUCUGCUGGAAGUGGAUUUGUUGGAUAAAACCUCCCGGAAGCUCGCCAUCCUCAGUGCGGACUGCUUCGUGCUGACUUUGGUCAUUCCGGGAGCGAAAAGAUGCGAAGUUUUCGAUGAGACUCUGGUUCAUGCCAUCGCCAGCUUUCCCAAACACUUGGAAUCCGGGAGUCUGGACAAACACGAUGCGACUGAGUUUAAGAUAUCACUGCUGACGCUGCUGGAAGACCUGCAAUUCCUCUUCAAGCACGUCUCUCUGGAGGAAUUCGAGGAUCGCCGGACAUCCAUUUGCAUCUCCAUGAAGAAUAUGAUCUUGUUCUACUAUCAGAACGGCUAUAAGAACACAACCGAUUGCAGCCUCACAAGGAAGGCUUAUGAAGUUCUUCGAGAUCUCUGUUGUCCUCUCCAUGGCGACAUCACGAAAAACCUCUCCAAAAUCUUCUCCUUGACCAGCAUUCUGCACAAUCACGCGCCCUCGGGUGUCAGGAGUGCGCUGGAGAAGGAUCUUCUGCACGUGGACAACAUUUCUGGCUUCUUCAUUUAUCUGCUCGAGCAAUUCCCAACAAACACCGCUGAAGUGCUCACGAACUUCAUCAAGUCCACUCUCUCCAACCCAGAGGAGAACAUCCGCGCUGAGCAGUACAGCGCAACGCUGGAAAUAGCGCUGAAGUAUGAGAAAGCGAUCUUCGAGAAGUGCAACAUCUCAAUUGUUCCAUAUUUGGAAGCGAUUGUCUUCAGUGAGGAUGCAAAUCAGCGCGCGAAUGGCACGGAUUUCCUCACCAGAAUCGCUCUGAUGGAUUACCAGGUGAACUGGAGUGUGUUUCAGGCGGAAGAGGACAAGACACUGCGGGAAAUUCGCAUAUUAAAACUACUCUUGAUGAAGACAAUCGAUGUGAACAACAACGUGAAGAUGAAGGCGCUUUCUGGGCUCACGAAGAUCUUCGCUGGAGGGAAUAGGAAUAUUAGGAAGAUCAUUAGGAUGCUGUUCAAGCAUCCCAAAGACGAGGAGGAAGAAAUGUGUGGGAUUGACGAGCUCGAGGAAGUCUCUGUCGAGUUCCCGAAUUAUCUUUAUCACCUGCUGAGUAACAAUUUGGCGCACGUGCGAAAGAAUGCACUGGGAUUGCUGGAGAAUCUCGUGGCGUGGAAUGAGAAGCUGCUGGACAAUGAGGCGUUCUUCGACGAGAUGUCACGAUUGCUGGAGGACAGCUCUUCGCUGGUCAGGAGACAGAUUGUAACCACACUCAGCGCACUCAUGAAGGCGUUUCCACAGAAGGAGUCGAUGAUCAAGGGCUGGACACACUGUAUUCUUCGGCUUAUGCGCGACAACGACGCGAAGAUUGUGGAGGCAGCGAUGGAGAGCCUGAAAGUGGUGAUCUUCGACAACAUCGAGCGGCACGAGGACUCGUCCACGAGUGCCGCGCAGAUGCCCUGGAUCACACUGCGCACGAUGAUGCAGCAAGAGCACCGCGGAGUGUUGCGCAGCGCCAUGGAUUCCUGGAUUCGCAACAGCAUCGUGACGCAGAAGACACUCGCGAUCAUUGAGAGUCACACGAGCACGGAGAACGCCACGGAGGCGUGGCUGUUACUGUCGCUGGUGGCCGGGAAGAUGCACAGCAAGAAUCCCGACAUGGUCGUGACUGUGUUCAUAAAUGCACUGCAGGACGAUUGUCCGGAGAAUCUGGUGAAUCAGCAUUUCAUGCUGGAGAUCAUUCAUGCCUGGAUGACGCACUUCAGCCGCGCCACGCUCAACAAUCUCUACAUCGAGAUCCAGAAGCGUCUGACGGAGGGAAAUCUGCCCACGUCGCUCAUCUCGCCGCUGUACAACGUGUGCCUGAAGCUGCGCCAGGCGGCCGAGAUGGAGCACGAUCGGGAGUGGAUUAUCACGCUGAACGCCAUCGCGGAGGACUUCAUCUGGACGGAGAGGCGCCAGCUGACCAGCGGCGGCUGGGAGAUCGACCGGAAGAUGAUCAACUUCCUGUACAUCUACUCAGAGACGAGCGUGGACUUGAGCCAGAAGCCGCGCCAGCGCAUCCUUCAGCUCUUCUACCAACUCCUGCGCGAGAGCAGGGUGAUCCAGGCGUCGAAUCCCGCCAAGUGCUCAACUUUGGUCAUCACCGUCACGCGCCUGGCCAUCAGGGAUUCCGACAUCGCGGCCGAAGUGCUGCCGGAGCUCGGGAAGCUGCUGCGGAGUACGCAGCACAGGAAUCUCGCCUGCAACAUCAUCGUCUCCCUGACGGACAUGUGCAAGAAGCACACGACGCUCGCGGAGCCAAUUAUGCAGGAAGUCGUGACGAAGCUGAGAGCGUCCGUGAGCGCGGUGCGCUACAAAGCACUGGCGGCGCUCACGAGUCUCGUGAUGCAGGACUACAUCAAGAUGCGCGGCAGGCUGCUGAUCAACAUCCUGGCCACGAUCGUGGAUCCCUGCAGGCCGAUCGCUAGGGCGGCGGCUGAGAUGGUGCUGAAGUACGUGGAGGAGAAAAACAAACUUCUGCUGCAGACGAGCUUACUGGAAGUGAUUUACGUCUACAAUGGCUACAUGUACGAGAAAUUCGAGAUCUGCAGCUCUGCAGAGUUGGACAACGAAGUGUGUCCACUUCAAGGCAAGACAAAGCGUCCCCUCAGACUUCUGCUGUACAGAUUCUUCCUUCAGAAUCUCUCUGAUCUGCAGUUGCUCAUGUUCCUCAAAAACGUGGCGUCCAUUCAGGAGAAAAUCCACAAAGAAGUGCUGAUCAAGACGCCAGAAAGCAUCGCUGCGCUCGAGGAUUUGCUAGAUGUAUUCAUGAGGAUAUGCGAAUUCAAGUCCUGGACAAUGCUGAAGAGUGCCGGAAAGAGUGGUGCUCAGGAUGACGAUGAAUUGGCACAAGAGGAGGUGAAUUUGGUGGCGCCUGUGGCGAAUGCUGAGGAAGGAGUGGUGGAAAGUGAUGCUGGAAGCCUUAAGCAAGCUGUGCCGGUGCUGGACAAAAUGGUGGCGAUCCUGCCGAAGUUCGUGGCCACAGUUGAGGCCUUCGAUGGGAGCUUGAAGGGCAGUUUGAGUGGCUUCUGCGAAGCUGUGUGUGACAAUUUCAAGUCAUUCGUGGAAUACGCACAGCCAGAGAAGUUCUGGAAGAAGUAUCGCGACACGAAGCGCGCCAAAAAAGCAACUGUGCAGCCGGUGAGGCUGGAGGAAGAGACGGAGGACUUUGAUCUGUGA